CUAAAACCUCGACGUCAUCAGCAUUCCUUCCGCUUCCCUCCUCGGCACUGAAGCUUGCAUGCUUUCCUCGUCCGUCUGGUCUAUCCUCCUCGUCUUCCUCUAUCCGGCUGCGCGGGAUAGAGGAAUAGGGAGUGAUGAGUGGGAGCAGAUGAUGAGAAAAACUGGUUACGAAGCCGAUGUGGAUUACUGCAUUUAAGCCGAUGAUCUGCGAUUACUAGGGCCAUUAGCGUCUGCAGGGGCAGUGUUUUUCCUGUUGUCGCGGUUUUGAGACAAGUGGCGGGGACGCGGCGUUCUUUCGUCACGACAAAAAAAAAGGGCAAUAAGGAUUGACUCUUGCGUUCUUAAUCGCUUUUCUCCAUCACCUCUCGGAAGUUCCGAGACGUGAUCGAGAAUUAAGAUGGAAGUGGGAGUUUAAAAAAACGACCAGGGUUUGUGGAGUGCAGAUUGAUACCGUGACGUAUCUGUCAUUAAUUUGCCUCCGUGUGUUUGCAGGUGGGCGAUGAUGUUUUACAAGGUUGUAGUUUUGUAGCUUCUGUAGCUACGGGGAUAGACUGGGAUGGAAGUUCAUGGGCGUUUUGCGACAGGCGGGAUAUAUCACAAUUUGUUCCUGUCGAUAUAGCAGACGGAGCAGGGAAGGAUACGGGCUUGCGGCUGCAGGGAAGAGGGGUUCUUUGUUUUGAAAGCCUUCCGAAACAAUCUGGUCUCUUUCAACUGAAAGACGGCCAGUUGUGAUGCUUUGGUCUCUUGGAUCGGAGACUGUUCCCAAGUUAAUUGAGGAUAAUUGAGGUGAGGAGUUAUUUGCAGAGUCAGUGAAGAGAAUGCUGGAUCAUGCUCGUCUGAAUCUCUGAAUCUCUCUACUGAAAGUACAGUCUUAAAUCUGGCAGCGGAUCAAACUGGCCUCAAUUCGAACUUGGGUCUGGGAAAGUAGUGAAGAGGGUUAUCGAGGACUCCUAAAAGUAAGAACACAGAAGAAGACUUUGGUCUGGUUACAAGUUUAGUGGGUGGCCAGGCGUGGCUACCAUGAAACCUCCUACGGGUAGUUUCGGGAUUCAGCCGAAACUUCACAGCAACCCCAUACAGAUGCAUGCAUUGUUUGCUUGGGUGUUGUCGUGGACGGCGGUGACAGAUCGACCACAAAAGUUAAAUGUGGUCACCAGCUCUGUUUGGACUGCACUCCAUCAGCUUUGCAGGCCAAGAGGGCAAUGCUGUGCUAUAACUGGAGGCAUGUUGAGAAUGCUUGUACAACCAGGCUGAUUGCCAACAGUAGUGGUCGGGCUGGGGACGUCGUGAUCGAGGGUGGUCUUUAUAUCGAUUUUGAAGACUUGUACCAUGAAAAAAAUUGACUUGUCAUAUACAAAAUCACCUUCACAUGUGUGAUAGACAUUUAUGAGUUUCCUUUGGAAGGUUCCACAAUGAAAGAAUUACAGAUCUUUACGGGGAAGAGCAAAGUUGUGAUAGCAAGGAGAUACGUUUUAGUUACGAAAUUACUGUGUUGUAGAACAUCUUUGUAUCCAUUAAAAGCUUCAGCUUUAGAUGGGAUUGGAAAAAACUGAACCAUGCUAGCAAUAUGAUAUUCUGAUGGGAUAGUCUGUCGCCCAUCUACAUUGCCGAGAGCAGCUCGCAGGUACGUUUAAGCAGGGUUGCUCUCAGCCCUACAUAUGAGCAAUCCUGAGGGGAUGAAUCUCCCAGCGCGGCAAGGAAUAGAAGAGAGGCAAGUCUUGGAGAGGAGCGCGAAGCGAUGAUGGGAGGAGCCGGGCAGGGUCGAUGGUGCUGUGCAGUGAGGCUCUGACGCAAAUUCUUAUUUCAGUGUGAACUCUCCCGCUUGACUUCUCUGAUGCAUUUAUCGUUCUUUUGGUAUUUUGAACACAUUUUAGAUCCGCUCAUCUGUAGGGUUGAGAGCACCUGGCGGAUACCGUUAGAGUGAGGCGAUCGCUCAUCUGUAGGGUUGAGAGCACCUGGCGGGUACCGUUAGAGUGAGGCGAUCGCCAAUCCGUAGGGGUGAGAGCAGCUCGCAGCUGCUUUCAAAUGAGGCGAUCGCCAAUCUGUAGGGCGAGAGCAGCUCGCAGCUACUUUCAAGUGAGGCGAUCGCUGUUAUGUAGGGCUAAGAGCAGCUCGUUGAAGGAUAGCAAUCUUGAGAGGAUAAAUCUACCAGCACGGCAAGGAAGACAGGAGCGACGACGCGAAAAGCCGGGCAGGGACGACUAUGCUGAGUUUGGCUGCAGAGAAGACGGGCUCCUUCUCUUGAAUCCAAUUCGAAUCCGACGUUGUCAUUUGGUUUGACUGCAUUCGGAAUUCAUGGAUGGUUACAUCGAGAAGUUAUUCGUAGAUUCAGUAAAGGGAUUUAGUAAAGAGAGUAUUGGAGGAUGUUGAUUUGGAAAUCAUGAACGAACAAAAAGUUUCGUUCUUCGCCGCGGAUACAGUGGACCCACUAUUUGUCGUCGCCAAUAACAAGACUUUUCGUUCGUUCAUGGGUACUAUGUGGCGAAGAAAGUUUCUUAUGACUUUUUUAGCGCGAAUGUACAUGUACCACCUGGGUCUAUGUGUGGGCGGUCAGACAUGCCCACCGGUGGGAAGCAGAAUCAGGAUGUCGCAGGAACAUCAGAGGAAGCUGAGACACCUGCCUGUUUCAUAUGUCUGGAUGUCCUCGUCCGUGGCGGGAAACAUCCAUCACGAAACUUCCAUGUCGUCAUCAUUUCGAUUUUGUGCCCAAUCUGCAGGCACGUAGAGAAGGAUCAUUGAUCAUUAUACGUAGUGGUCGAGGUGGGUACGGUGAUCGAGGAUGGCUUCUUGAGUAGACACCUUCACGACUGGGAAUAGUGGUUAUCUUAUGUUAAUAAGAGGUAGAGUUGGUGUUUUUAUAUCCUUUUUUGGUCCGCCUCGAGACGCAUUUGAUUUGAAAUAUUUUACCUUUACUGCCUUGGAGUAAGUUUUGGAUUGUUUUUUUGCUUUAGUGCUCACAAAUUCUGUCUCGUCUUUUUUGGAAUUUCACCGGCUUCCUUUACUAAUGGAUUUGAACAAGGGGAACUGGUCAAUUUCUUAUGUCCAACAACCCAAAAAGACGAUCUUAUCCACCAAGUUGAUUGGUGUUAUCAUAUCAUCCAGCCUGC